AUGGCCGCAUUACACGAGCCGCCACAAUUAUAUCACGUGGCGGGCGUGGUCGGAAGAGCUGAUGUGUUAGCGUGUGCCUUUUUUCUCUCUUCACUCCUCCUGUAUCACGGCUCAUCGGGAAAGGACCAGGUGUGGUCUAGUGUAGCACUCGCGGCACUAAGCAUGCUAGCUAAGGAGACCGGCCUCACCGCGCUCUUAUUCAACGUAGCUUUUGAUGUAUAUAGAUCGUGGUCACCUGUAACUAAGUCUCUCAAUGUCAAAUGGAGAUGGAAAUGUGAUAAUGUUUGUGGCAGGGUGGUCCGUGCUAUUGCUGCACUCAUUCUAUUAGUUGCUGUUAGAUUGACACUACUUCAAGGGUCACUACCAGCAUUCUCUGCCCAGGAUAACCCACCAGCCUUCCACCCUUCUUUCGCCGUCAGACUGAUUACGUUCUGCUACUUGGCUGCGUUCAACUGGUGGUUAUUGCUGUGCCCGUGGACGCUCAGUCACGACUGGCAGAUGGGCUCAGUACCACUCAUCACUAGCGGCUGGGACCCUAGAAAUUUGCUGACUGUUGCUGCUUUGAUAGCACUCUUAGCGUUGUCUUAUAGAUGUUUGUUAGACUUGGAGCUACAACGUCACACUCCUGCAGUGGUCGGACUGAUGCUGUUAGUUAUCCCGUAUCUGCCAGCGUCCAACUUACUCGUCACAGUUGGUUUCGUGGUCGCCGAGAGAGUGCUUUAUAUACCAAGCGUCGGAUCAGUUCUGCUGACUGCAUACGGAAUACAAUUAUUGUGGCGGCGUCGUGGCGCGCGGCGACUGUUGGUGGUGGGCGCGGCGGUGCUGGUGGCGGCGGGCGUCGUGCGCACCAGCCUCAGGAACAUGGACUGGAGGACCAGGGAGACCUUACUUAGAGCUGAUCUGUCAGUGUUGCCGCACAACGCUAAGUUACAUUACAAUUUUGCUAACUUCCUGAAGGAUGUUGAACAACAAGAAAACGCCAUCAAACACUACAAGGAAGCUUUGAAAUUAUGGCCAAGCUACGCGAGUGCUCACAACAACCUCGGCACGUUGGUGCUGGCGUCCGGGCGCGCCGAAUACCAUUUCCUACAAGCGCUCAAGUAUAACAGGGACCACGUGAACGCUCAUUAUAAUCUCGCCAAAUUGUAUCGGUAAGUUAUUCCGAGGUAAUUCAUCUAAUAUGUUAUAAAUUUUUAAAUCUAUUUGGUUUUUAUAUUUGAUCAAUUUGUCAUUCAUAAUGCUAUACUGAAAAAUAUUGUUAAUGAAAAAUACUUAAAAAUCCACUUUGUCCCCUAGCAUUUUGAGAAGGGAGUUGAACCCAUGAUCUUUCGCGAUCGCCUGGACUGCUUUCAAUUUGGUUAUUAAAUAAUGAGGAAGUAUUCAAAAAAACGAAAGCUCUAAAAAAAGCACCUCUAGCUUAAGUUGAUUUUUGCAGGAAAUGAAUGGACCAAAGACAGUCAUUUCCGUUCCUUUUAACUAACAUAUAAAAAACUGAAAUUUGAAAAAUUCGAAACUUCGAUAUCAAUACAAAUACAAAAAAGUACAAAUAAAAUAUGAGUUGUUUAUUGAGUUUUGAAAACUAAUUGACUUUUAAACAUGAAAGAAAACCGUAAAAGUUGUUAUGGAGGAAUUAAGAACGUACCGUAGCGACAUCUAGUUCGAUUUCGGGAACUAAUGUUUUUUUUUAGUACUUCCUCAUUACACUUUCAUCUGCUAUAUUCUGCCAACAUUACAAAAUGAAACGUCAAUUAGCUUAGCAUUUGGCACUCGUUGAAAAAGCAACGUCUAAAUGAAGCUCUGAAAAUGUUAGAACGUUGUAUUGCCUUGGAACCGCGCUUUGUUCAAGCUUAUUUGGAACUGCUUCUUCUCACUGAUGAAGCGGAAAGAAGACCCAUUCUGGAUAAGUUGCUGGAGCUGCAACCAGACAAUUGGGAACAUUAUGUGCUCUACGGGAAUUGGUAUAAAGGAAGAGGUCUGUUACCGACAUCGUUAGAGUACUACAUGUCAGCGAUGCGGCUGUCGUUCGUAGCAGAGGCGGGCGCGGGUGGAGGGGCGGCGGCGCGGGCGGUGGGGGCGGCGGCAGAGCGCGGCAGGCUGCAGGCGCUGCGGGCCGCCGCGCUCCUGCUGCGCACCAAGGGGCAGACCGCCCGGGUGCUGCAGCUUAUCAUAAGGUCGGUGAAGGUGCUUCAGAGGUAUUUUUAUUGACAACGUCAUCAUCAGCUUCUAAUCUUAUGGAAGAUCCGUCAAGCGUCUUACGGAAGUAUGCGUCGAGUAUGGAACGUUGAAUGUCAUAUAGCUAUUUGUCAGAUUUAACUCUCCGCGAAAGGUUAAAUGCAACUUUAGCUCUAAAUAAUAAACGUUUGAUUACCAUCAGAAUCCUUGGGAAAUCCGCUGCACCAAAGCCCCCACUCUAACUCCUUAAAAACUUUUUUUUUGGGACGGAGAGGACAAAGAAACUGA